AUGUAUAUCAACAGCCGGCAGUGUUCCAGGACGUGGUGGGUCUUCGUCUGGCAAGCGUUUUCCCUACAAAAAGCCACAAAUGUCUGUUUAACAACACUGCGACGUGGCGGAAAGUGGAGGGGGGGGGGGGGGGGGGGGGGGGGGGGGGGGGGGGGGGGGGGGGGGGGGGGGGGGGGGGGGGGGGGGGGGGGGGGGGGGGGGGGGGGGGGGGGGGGGGGGGGGGGGGGGGGGGGGGGGGGGGGGGGGGGGGGGGGGGGGGGGGGGGGGGGGGGGGGGGGGGGGGGGGGGGGGGGGGGGGGGGGGGGGGGGGGGGGGGGGGGGGGGGGGGGGGGGGGGGGGGGGGGGGGGGGGGGGGGGGGGGGGGGGGGGGGGGGGGGGGGGGGGGGGGGGGGGGGGGGGGGGGGGGGGGGGGGGGGGGGGGGGGGGGGGGGGGGGGGGGGGGGGGGGGGGGGGGGGGGGGGGGGGGGGGGGGGGGGGGGGGGGGGGGGGGGGGGGGGGGGGGGGGGGGGGGGGGGGGGGGGGGGGGGGGGGGGGGGGGGGGGGGGGGGGGGGGGGGGGGGGGGGGGGGGGGGGGGGGGGGGGGGGGGGGGGGGGGGGGGGGGGGGGGGGGGGGGGGGGGGGGGGGGGGGGGGGGGGGGGGGGGGGGGGGGGGGGGGGGGGGGGGGGGGGGGGGGGGGGGGGGGGGGGGGGGGGGGGGGGGGGGGGGGGGGGGGGGGGGGGGGGGGGGGGGGGGGGGGGGGGGGGGGGGGGGGGGGGGGGGGGGGGGGGGGGGGGGGGGGGGGGGGGGGGGGGGGGGGGGGGGGGGGGGGGGGGGGGGGGGGGGGGGGGGGGGGGGGGGGGGGGGGGGGGGGGGGGGGGGGGGGGGGGGGGGGGGGGGGGGGGGGGGGGGGGGGGGGGGGGGGGGGGGGGGGGGGGGGGGGGGGGGGGGGGGGGGGGGGGGGGGGGGGGGGGGGGGGGGGGGGGGGGGGGGGGGGGGGGGGGGGGGGGGGGGGGGGGGGGGGGGGGGGGGGGGGGGGGGGGGGGGGGGGGGGGGGGGGGGGGGGGGGGGGGGGGGGGGGGGGGGGGGGGGGGGGGGGGGGGGGGGGGGGGGGGGGGGGGGGGGGGGGGGGGGGGGGGGGGGGGGGGGGGGGGGGGGGGGGGGGGGGGGGGGGGGGGGGGGGGGGGGGGGGGGGGGGGGGGGGGGGGGGGGGGGGGGGGGGGGGGGGGGGGGGGGGGGGGGGGGGGGGGGGGGGGGGGGGGGGGGGGGGGGGGGGGGGGGGGGGGGGGGGGGGGGGGGGGGGGGGGGGGGGGGGGGGGGGGGGGGGGGGGGGGGGGGGGGGGGGGGGGGGGGGGGGGGGGGGGGGGGGGGGGGGGGGGGGGGGGGGGGGGGGGGGGGGGGGGGGGGGGGGGGGGGGGGGGGGGGGGGGGGGGGGGGGGGGGGGGGGGGGGGGGGGGGGGGGGGGGGGGGGGGGGGGGGGGGGGGGGGGGGGGGGGGGGGGGGGGGGGGGGGGGGGGGGGGGGGGGGGGGGGGGGGGGGGGGGGGGGGGGGGGGGGGGGGGGGGGGGGGGGGGGGGGGGGGGGGGGGGGGGGGGGGGGGGGGGGGGGGUGGGGGGGGGGGGGGGGGGGGGGGGGGGGGGGGGGGGGGGGGGGGGGGGGGGGGGGGGGGGGGGGGGGGGGGGGGGGGGGGGGGGGGGGGGGGGGGGGGGGGGGGGGGGGGGGGGGGGGGGGGGGGGGGGGGGGGGGGGGGGGGGUGGGGGGGGGGGGGGGGGGGGGGGGGGGGGGGGGGGGGGGGGGGGGGGGGGGGGGGGGGGGUGGGGGGGGGGGGGGGGGGGGGGGGGGGGGGGGGGGUGGGGGCUCCCGCCGGUACCCCAUUCCAGGAACUCCGUUACAUUUGGUGACAGAGGUGGGAUCGCAAUGGAGAAGGAAAAAGUCAGCCCCCCAAAAAAGAAAUCGCAACUUCGUGUUGUUACCCAGGAUUUUUCGGAUUUUCGACCUGUGCCGAGGCAACCCCCAGUUUUUCGGCCUGGGGAUGAUUUUCACAAUUGGGAGUUUCAUGUAUCGUUUUACCUUUCCAGUAUCCCCCGAAAAGAAUGUGGGCCCUUACGUUCUCAGCUAUUUGUGCGAGCGCCAGCUUCAGAAAUAUGGGAAUCACUGCGCGGACUGUUUCGGAAACAGGAUGUUGCAGUUCUGUAUAGACAGAAAUUCGCUGCUCGUACCCAACAGUCGGGAGAAACGGUCGAAGCGUUCGCGCGCGCACUUCAGGAGCUCUCCUUGAGAGCCUUUCCCGAUCUCUCCAACGCCGAGCGGGAUAAAUGGCUGGCUGAGCGUUUUUGCACCGGGUUGCACGACAGGUCCCUACGUCACCAACUAGCUGGGAUGCUGCCAUGCAGUUUCACGGAUGCCAUAAACAAGGCACAGUUCCACGAGUCCCUGGAUUCAAUGGACGAACGCGACGAGUAUGGACGGGCCACUUUGUGUUCGGCACUGAGAAACGUGUCCAUUUCCGACAGCAGAGCAUCUAACUUCAACUCCACUCCGUCCAGGCGCGAUUGUUGGUACUGCCGUCGCUUUGGAAAUCGUGCGCAAUUUUGCGGACAUAACCCACCGAUCAAGCCGCGACGUUCGCAAGGUAAGUCACGUCUUCAUCCAUCCGGCUUCCUUGCGUCCACUUUUGUUCGUAAUGCUCCGUUUCGACCUUUAACCACAGUUGGCUGCCUCAAUGGUUUUAACAUCCAGUUCUUGCUUGACACCGGUGCGUCAUGUUCGUUGUUGCGUCUAGAAAUAGCCGACCGCCUCGGGGGUCACCGCGCCACUACUCAGAGAAAGCCACGAGUGUUAACGGCCAACGGGGCUGAGUUACCCGUCGAACUCGCAGUGUUGGCUCAAGUCCAACUGGAACAUGUUACUGCAGUACACGAGUUUCUAGUUUGUCGUAACCUAAGUUGGGACGCCAUCCUAGGGAUAGAUUUUUUGGCUAAGCAUGGAAGCUUGCUGCAGCUUGGUACCGCGAAUCUAUUACCAAAGUGCACUUCUGUCAACACGCAGCUGUGUCACUCACGGGGAGUUUGCACAGUUUUAGAAGCCACCUCGAAACCAUCACAGUUCGAAACUGAUGUCAUUGAGCCUUUGCGUAACCGCAGUGGUAUUUCCCCAGACUCAAAAGCCUCACUUCUCUCUAUGCUGCGUAAUUAUGAAGAUUUGUUUUGCGACACUCAACUUGGGCGCACCAACGUCAUCCAACACGAAAUUGAUACAGGUAGUCAGCAUCCUAUUCGCCAGCGGGCGCGAAGGGUGCCCAUUCAUUACGAAACCCAGCUAGAUCGCAUGAUCCAGGAGAUGCUUGAUAUGCGCGUUAUUCGCCCAUGGACAUCGCCUUGGUCGUCUCCUAUCGUACUCGUGAAGAAGAAGGAUGGUUCUGUACGACUUUGUGUAGAUUACCGAAAGCUAAACAAAGUCACCCGUAAAGACCCCUUCCCCCUCCCUCGCAUUGACGCCACAUUUGAUGCUCUUCAUGGUGCGCGAUGGUUUACUACUCUUGAUUUGGCCGCCGGGUAUUGGCAAGUGGAGGUCCGUCCGUCCGAUAGGGAGAAAACCGCGUUCAUUGUACUAUCCGGGCUGUAUGAAUUCGAGACCAUACCCUUCGGGUUGGCUAAUGCCCCAGCUACCUUCCAGCGCCUGAUGCAGAAAGUAUUGGAGGGCCUCGUACCCAAGGAAUGUUUGAUAUAUUUGGAUGAUGUGAUAGUGCAUGGUUAA